AGGGAGGGGCGGUUAACUGGUGCUUUGCGCUGAAAAAUCUAACUUCAGAACAGGGUCUGCUAAGAAAGCACAGGAAGCACGAGCCCGUUCCACUGCACAGACAGACAGACAGACAGAGAGAGAGAGAAUAAGCAGACCUCUCUCUCUCCUCGGGUACAGUGAAUGUUUCUCUUUCUUUCUGCUCGCUGUACACAUUAAAAUGUGUCUCUAAGUUGUGACUGAAGAUCUCCAAUCUUCUCACAAGACUAUUAGCGUCACUGUUUACUUUCUGCUUGCGUGUAUCAUGAGUAAUCCAGAAGUUAUUUCACUGAGUAACUUCCCUAUCGCUGACAGAGGCUUGUCUGAUUUUAUCCUCGGCCAGUGUCUGAGAGCUGUACAGCGGCUAAAACGCGUAAAUAUCGGUCUACACGACUCAUUCGGGCGUUCGCGUCUGACUGACCGCUGUGUUCGUCCUAGUUAGGGACGGAGGAAGGCGCACGAUGCUCGUCGUGGGAGCGACUGAGUCCACAGACGUUGACCACAGUUGAGGAAGCGUUCAUAAAGUCGAGUGCCAUCACGCCUCAGGCACUCAGUGCUGCUCAGCGUUUGCCCAACGGUCUCUCUCUCUCCCUGUGUCUCUCUCUUUCUGUCACGCAACAUGGCUGUGGUGCGCUCCUUACGGCAAUACGUGGAGCCGGUGGUGUUUGGCGCUCAGAUGGCCUGCUCCUUCUUCGACACUGGUCUUCAGAUGGUGGUCAAGCAACGAAGCGAGAACGCCACGAGCCCUUCUGACCCGCACGAAGACCAGAACGCCAUCGCCAACUUCUACAUGAUUUUCAACAUGCUGACAGACUUCAUCCCAAUCCUUCCCGCCCUCAUUUUGGCGCGAAUUGGAGACAGGGGUUACCGGAAGGUCCCCAUCGUAGUCCCUCUGGUGGGAUACUCUUUGUCCAGGGCUCUUUUAUUACUCGUCAUCUGGCUGGAGUGGAGGAUUGAGGUGAUGUAUGUAGCACCGGUGAUCUACGGACUGUGUGGGGGCUUCUCGUCCUACUGGGCAGGCGUCAUCGCACUGGUGUCUGUUAGCACCAGCGAAGAACAGCGCUCGCUCCGCAUCAUGCGCAUAGAGCUUGUGUACGGCAUCGCCGGCUUUCUGGGCAGCCUGGCCUCAGGUCACCUGUUCCAGCUGUACACCGUAGGGAUGAAGCAAGGUGUUCUGCUGGCUAGCAUGAGCGUGGCGCUGUACGUCUUCUGCCUCCUGUAUGCCACAUGCGUCCUACAGGUGAGUCGGAUCACCUUGGAGCGGCGGGAAAGCACCAGCAGCGGCAUCAUCACCCACAACAGGCAAGACAGGACCAUCAUCGCGCUGCUCUUCAUUAGUGGGAUCUUGUACGACGUAGCCGUCGCAGGCGGCGUGCAGAUCUUGUCCGUUUACGUCCUGAAUGCGCCUCUGGAGUGGAGCGCCAGCGAGGUGGGCUAUGGGAACGCUGCAGGCUUCCUCAUCUUCAUCACCAGCUUCCUGGGCAUGAAGUUUUUCACCAGGUUUGCUGUGAGUGACACAAGCAUGAUAAUGAUAGGCAUGGUGUCAUUCAUGACCGGGAUCUACUUCAUGACCUUCGUCACCACCACUGCCAUGUACUUUUUAGCUCGUUCCGUCAUGUUGUUUGCGCUGAUCCCCAUGCCGACCAUUCGCUCCCUGCUGUCCAAGCAGGUUCAAGGAACAUCAUAUGGAAUGACCUUUAUAUGCCUCCAGGUCUCCUUCACACUGGCUAGUGUAGCUACAGCACCCAUCUAUACCAAAAUCUAUGAGUCCACACUGGACACCUAUCCUGGGUUUGUCUUCACCUUAUCCAGCAUCAUCACCUUCCUCUCCAUUUUACCUAUUAGUGUUGUAGGCUGCCGUGCUGCAAAGCAGGAGAACUAUGAGAGAAUUCAAGGGAACUAAUACUGUCAAACAACCAUCAGAAUGGAAGGCAGAAUGGGUGAACAUGAGUGCAUCUUGUUCUAUCACUAGCUCUGAAAACAUAUUCAUUCUGAACAGGUGCAGCUCUGCACUUUUCACAACACAUUUGUGUCUACUGGAAGUUUAGUAGCAUUGUUGCAUUAUUUUUUUACUCACCGAUUUCACUUUAAAGUAGAUUUUCUGUAUUUCUUAUUUGUGAGAAGUUUCUGACCUUCUCAGUUCUUAGUUGUUACAUGUUGUUAUAUCAUUGUCACUUUGUGAAUGUGACCACUGUAUAAGAGUUUACAUUGCCUUUAACCUUGUGGAAUUUAUGGAUUUUGAUUUCAUCAGGAGACUGACAUGUUAAUAAUGUCAUUAAUAAUAAUAAUAAUAUUAUUUGUAUGUUUUUUUAUCCUGCCUUCCGCCCACUGACCGCUGGGAUACGCUCCAGCAAAAGCACUGUACUUGAAACUUAUUCGAAAGGUUUUCAUAUGAUAUAAUGGACUGAAACAUCCACUGGACUACAGUAAAGAGACUCUUAAAAACAUACUAUCAAAAAGGCCUUAAUAUAUCCUUUUGUUUAAUUGGUUCAAUAUUUAAAAUCUGUUGAUUAAAGAUUGUGGCAUGAAAACAA